AUGGCGAACAGGCUGCCGUGCGUUGCGCCCGCUCCCGAUCGUCCGCGUCGAUCGCGCCAGCCUUCUAAAAAAGCGCUUGAGGGCCAGGGCGCGAAAGUAAUCCGUGUGGGUCAGCCCACUAGGGCCAGCUUCGUGCCGCGCCGGCAUGGACAGCCGCUGAGUGCCGCCAAACUCGGCGCCAAGCGGCGCCGCAGGGACGACAACAGCGACGCUGACUGGCGCAGCAGCGACGGGGAGGAGGAGGAGAGCGAGGAGGGGCCAGAAAAAUCAGAGGACUUUGAGGAAGAGGAGGACGAGGAGGAGGCGGAGGAGGAGGAGGCAGGGGUGGGCGCGUCACGGCCGCGCCGCCCCCAGCAGCGCUCAUCAGCUGCUGCCCUCGCCUCCUCGGCGCCAGGGCACGGCGGGCGCAGACAGCGCGCACAGCCCGAGGGGCAGGGGCAGGAGCAGCAGCAGCUAGAGGUUGCAGGUGUCCUGACGGCGGCUGAGCUGGGGGAUAUUGCCCACGAGUCCAAGGGGAUCAAGCGUGCCGCGUCCAUCAGGACGUACAGCUCCCAUGAUGCCAAGUUUCACCACUUCCUCAAGAACGACGAGAAGGGUGCUGAGCGGGCGGUGCCGCUUGACGACAACCUGCUGGGCAGCGCGGGGCUGGGGCUGGCUGUCCGCUACAUUACGUGGAUUGGCAAGGGGAUGCCCGGCAUGGAGUAUGCUCGGAAGAAGGAGCAUCUGACCAGGGCGCUGGUGGAGGGCAUUCAUUCAGCGCUGCAGGCGAUGCACAGCCGGCAGCUGCUGGAGACUGGCGAUGGCCACCAGCAGAUUGGGAUGGGUAGGCUGACUGACCAGCUCGCCUACAAGACCAAGCUUGAUAGCAUCAAAGCUGGGAUCAGCAAGAAGGGCGACCGCAGCUACAAGGACGGCGACGCCCAGGAUGGCACGUGCGAGGACACGUUCUCCGAGGUGCAGUACCAUGAGCUGCUGCACAACAUGAUGCGGUGCGGCACGGCCGCCUCGGACCGCAACCAGGCCGUCUUCACUUCCCAGUUCAGCUCAGUGGGCCGCUCGGACGAUGCGAGGCGCUUCUACACAUGCGACCUCGUCAAGCCCCGCGUCAUUGAGGCAAUUGGGCCCUCCACCUGCAACCUUCUGCCCAUCGUCACGAAGAACGGCAAGACGCAGAGCAACGGCCGCCUGGCCUACUGCGGCGCGAUCAGGGCGCAGGACCCGCUGGAGUGCAUGCAGCGGUCACUGGGGUACGACUUGGUGAGCAGGUUUACGAUCGGCAAGGAGCCCUUCCCCAUGCCGGACGACGAGGACGCCUGGAACAGGACCGCCCUCUUCCAGGGGAGCAACCCGCAGCAGCCAAUCUCGUACGCGCAGCUGCACGCCAGUGUGCUGGCUGCGUUUCUGGCGGUGGGCAUCUCUGUGGCCAAAAAGACCCACGCCUUUCGCGUGGCAGGCGCCCAGCGGCUUGACGCACGCGGCGUGGAUGACAUGGUGAUCGCGCGCUUUGGCAAGUGGCUGUAUGCGGCCAUGUACAAGUCCUACCUGAUGUUCUUCAAGCCAGAGGGCCUCCUGGCGAUGGGGAACUGGCCCCGCGCUGCUCAGAAGGACUUUCAGACGUACUGGCACCCCCGCUUCAUGGCGGAUGUGGAGGAGAGCCUUGUGAGCAAGAUCAUGCCCUGGCUGGCACCCCUCAAGGAGGCCGUCACCGCGCUGGACACCAAGGCCAAGGCCUCCCACCGCAGUGUGGUUGCGGCACUGGAGGUCCUCGCCGUUGUGGUUGUGCAGGACGCUCUCGUGCUGGCACCCAAGUACCCAGACCACAAGGUUCACCAGCUGCUGCGGGAGUCUGAGCUGUUCAGGGAGAAGGAGGCCCAGUUCAAGAAGCUGCUGGACGGGGGCAAGUUUGAGCCGUACCGCCCUCGCUCCACGCGUGAAUUAGCCCUUGGAUCAGCGCUGGCGCUGCAGCGCAUCGAGGGCGCCAUCACCUCCGGCUGCCUGCCACGCGGCUGGACCGGCGGCCGCCAGCGCAUGGGGCCACCUGUCACUGCAGAGGAGGAGGAGCAGCGGGCUCACGACUCGGCUGAGCAGCUUUUGCAGCGGAUGGACCAGCAGCAGCUUGACGCGGGCAGAGAUGCUGCUGCACAUGACGAGGGGUUUGACGGCGAUGAGGCUGCAGGCGACAUGGACAGCGAGGGCGAGGAGGGCGAGCCCCGAACGCCACGCAGGGCGCGCGGUACCGCCUUGCAGCUGCAGCAACAACUGCCGCCGCCGCACCAGCAAGCACCCCAGCCGCUGCCGUCGUCGCAGCAGCAGCAGCAGCAGCGGCGGCGGCGGCGGCAGCAGCAGCAGCAGCAGCAGCACUGGGAGGAGGAGCAGCAGCAGCAGCAGCCCUGGGGGGAGCAGGCUGCAGCGCAGACGCAAAUGCAGCAGCAACAGCAACAGCAGCACUGGCGGGAGCAGCAGCAACAGCAGCAGCAGCAGCAGCAGCACUGGGGGGAGCAGCAGCAACAGCAGCAGCAGCCGCCCUGGGGGGAGCAGGCUGCAGCGCAGACGCACAUGCAGCAGCAGCAGCAGCAGCAGCAGCAGCAGCAGCAGCAGCAACAGCAGCAGCGGUACUGGGCGGAGCAGGCUGCAGCGCACACGCAGCAGCAGCAGCAGCAGCAACAGCACUGGGGGGAGCAGCAGCAACACCAGCAGCAGCAGCAGCCCUGGGGAGAGCAGGCUGCAGCGCGCACGCAGCAGCAGCAGCAGCAGCAGCAGCAUUUUGCUGCUCGCCAACAUGCAGCCUUUGCAGAGCACCAACAACACUACCAGCACACCUUUGGCGCAGGCCUGCCGCUGGGGUGGCAGGCGUCCCCAGCGCACGGGCUCACCGGGUUCGCCUCAUCGUAUGCAGGGAUGGCGCCCGGGCUGCACUAUGGGCCUGUCUUGGGGCCAUACGGCGCACCAGUCAUCGCGCCUGGAAUGGUGAUGCUCCCCGGCUGCCCGUUCCCAGUGCCGCUCUCAUCCCUCUCUUCAGUCAUGGGGCCGCCCGCAGCAUACAGCGCCAUGCUGCAGCAGCCGCCGCUGGUGCCGCAGCUCGAUGACCCUGCCACAUGCGGCUUUGGCGUUGGCGCCAGGGGACCCAUGCCUCUGGCGCAGUUGGCAGCGGCUUCUGCCGACAUAGGCUUUGGUCCUGCUGCCGUGGCUGGGGGUUUGGUGAGAGAUCCAGCUCAGCAGGAGCAGGGGCAGCAGCAGCAGCAGCAGCAAGAGCAGCGGCAGCAGGGGACGCAGCGGCAAACCUGCGCAAAGGGGGGUAUUGCAAGUGCCAUCCGUCCCUUCCCGCAGCUGCAGUCGCUUCCCACGCUGCUCAAGCUGUGGGCGCUGUACGACCAGGGCGCUGCCGGGCAGCCGGCCCUCAAGGCGCUGGAGGCGAGCACAGAGGACCCAAAGCACACGUGGCGGAGGGGCGCCGACAUGCGCAAGCGGUGGCACGAGAUCAAGCAGUUUGUCGCGGCGGUGCAGCAGCGGGCAGCAGCGGGGUCUGGGAGGCAGCUGAUGACGGCGGAGCAAGUGGUCAGGGACAUGGAGGAGCACCGGAUGAGCAUCCCCGCUGCUUUGCCACAGUAUGUCAAAAAGAAGCUGUGGACAACAAUGGGCGGAAGCGGUGGCAGUGGUGCGGCGGGGCUGGCCGGUGGGCGCAGCAACAACAGCGGCACUGCCGCAGCAGCCGCCGCCAAUGGUGUAGGCUGA